AUGCAGCAUCGAAUCACCUUCUUCAGCUCGUUCAUCUCAGCGGCGCUGGCCAUCAAAUGUAUGCAGUGCACCGGGUGGUCGUGGAAUUACCCCGGAAAUCAGGCCAGUCCGUGCGACAACCAGAACGCCCAGUGCAACUCGGAUCAGAACAUGUGCGUGCGGAUCACGGAUCCGAUGCGCCCGGGCGCCAGCUACGAGACGUUCAAGCUGGACUGCUGGAGCCAAAGUACGCUGCAGAUCACCCCGGGGACGAAUCAGCCGAUCGUCGCCGGCCAGUGCUACAGCUACCAGGACGGCUCGAACCCGCCGAAGCGGUACAAGUACUGCUUCUGCAACAACGUCGACUACUGCAACGGCGCCGGCAAUCUACAGGUGUUCACCGCCGUGCUGCUCGUCUUCGUCUACAAGCUUUUCCUC